AUGGGCCUGGCCGGCGACACGUGCAUCUUUUGGGAUUUCGAGAACGUGGUUGUACCGAACUGGUGCAAAGCCUCGGCGGCCGCCAAUGCCAUUCGCGAGGUGGUGCUGCCGCACGGGCGCAUCACGGAGCGGCGCCUAUACUACGACUCUGCAAAGGCCACCAGUAGCACUGAUCGCAUUGGUCUCGAUCUGAGUGGCUUCACACUAGUCGACUGUCCAACACGUGGCACCAAGGAGACACUCGACAAGAAGCUGAUUGUCGAUGUGAUGCAUACCGCCUGGGAGAAGCGCGCCCGCGACGCAGCCAUCACUGUGGUACUGAUCACUAGCGACGGCGACUAUGCAUACACGAUCGCGCGCCUAAGAGAUAUUGGUGUCAAGACGGUCGUCAUCUAUGGGCCACUGACACAGACUGCCGACGUGCUUUUGGACUCAUGCGAUGUCGCGCUGAGUUGGAUCCACGACGUGCUUCCUGCCACGCUAAACCCCGCUGUCGAUGAACCAGAACCGGCAUCCGCCGACUCCAUCAGUGCAAGUCCCGACCUGAAGGAUCGCGUCAAAAGCGCCACCUCCCGCCACUUAGCCGAGCUGUCGGAGUCUGAGGAUACAUGUAAUUGCCAGCACUUUCAGGCAGAGGCACUUCUUGAUGGGAUCGAUAGGGAGGGCUGCGAAGAUGACGUCUCUGUCGUGGACCAGAUAGAGACCGAGGAAGGACGACAUCUCAUCCUUCUGAACUGCGUGCACGGCAGUCAAACCGGGGAGCUACGCAAUUUUCCCAAUCGGACCUGGCAGAACUGCAUGACGCCGGACGCCACGGUUUCCAAAAAGUUCUACAAGAAGCGCGGCUUGCACUGCUUGCCUGAAUACAGAGCCGUUCGCAAUGCUGCGCUGCGCGCGGGUCUCAUACACGCAAGCUUUGGCGCGCCGAGACACGAAUCCCACCCCAAUCCCCUGGAAGGGCACACGAAGCUGAUGUACCUUUGCCUCACCAUGAAGGGCCGCUCUCGCCUCGGACUUCCCGAGGCCCUCGACCGGAGUUAA